GAGAAUAAAACAUAGACAGUGGGGCACAUAAUAUUCAUAACUGUUUAGGUUGUGCAGGAAUCAGCUGUGAACAUAGUUUCUUAAGUUUGAUAAAAUAUAUAUAUAACUACUCGAAGAUGGUUCAGAGGAAACAAACGCAACCGAUCAUUCCCCAGAGGAAACCAAUACGCCCUAUUGAGCGCCAGAAAAUGCGGCCAUGGUUGGUCAAUCUUCUGAAUAAUGAGAACAUCGAGGGAUUUUCUUGGGAGUCUCAGGAGCGCGAGACAUUCCGGAUCUCCUGGAGACACGCUGCCAGACAAGGGUGGGAUCCCGAGGUGGAUGCCGGGCUGUUCGAACUAUGGGCCAAACAUACGGGAAAAUACGUGGUGGGUGAUGAACCCGAUCCCAAAAGGUGGAAGGCUAACUUCAGGUGUGCCUUAAACAGCCUCCCCGACGUCAAACAGCUCAAAGAUCAAGGCCAAAGGAAGGGCAAGGACGCAUAUAAAGUUUACCAGUUCCUCAACGAGAAAAAAGCCGUCCACAAACACAAAUCUGCAGAGCGAACCUCUGUACCAAAAAUAACCCAGACCAAAACGAAGAGGAGUCUGCGAGCUCGCAAUACCAAGAGAAUCUCUUACAGGAAGAUGGUAGAGAUGGACAGCGAAGGCGAAGAGGAGGAGUCUUCCUCAGACUUCAUCAUGUCGGAAUCCGACAGCUCAGCUUCUGUGGGGAAUGACACCCCAGAGCGAAUGGACGACAUCUCAUCAGACAACGAGCCAGUAUUUGAGGAAAGCUUAGAAACACGCCUCCCAGAUUUCAAUAAAAUCUGUAAAUCCACAGAUCUCACAUCCCUCCAGCUGCCCCCGGAGAAGGACCUCCGAGGUCACGUGCCUUGCCCUUACCCCAGUACCAACACUCUUUUCCAGUCCCUCUCCCAGGUAUCCCCCUCCAUCGGGGGAACUAGAGAUGAUGAGUCCGCCUCGACCACAAGCAGCACAUUAACUGACGAAGAACUGAUACAGCUGGUUAUGGAAGCCGAGGUCCAAACACCGGAAACGGAAUACCCCGAUUUGUGGGGCAGUGGACUUCCGGUGCCACAGGAGGUCGCUUACGUUGAUGCCAUAAUUGAAGAGGGUGAUACGACCUACUUAAUUUUGGACAAUGUGGAAAAUGAAGUUGUGAUCACAGAUACCCCCGCAGUACGCUGUGAACAGAUCACAAAUGGAGAGGUCAUGCAGUACACUGGAUUGACUGAUCUCUCACAGCUAUGAACUAAUAAAGUGACUCUGUGAAAAAAAACACUGAUAAUCCAAUUAUCAUCCGUCGGUCGGACUGACAAACCAGCGAAGGCCCCGUCGAUUUCAAGAGUGUAUUCAUCCGCCAUUCUUCGAAGAGAAUCAUCCUUCAUCAUUCAUUAUAUACUAUUGUUGGGGUGAAUUAAUGACGACGAUUUGAUUUUUAUUGUCUUUGUGGGAAAGGAAGCUGGUCUCCAUUUUCUCAUUUUGUGCAAUAUCGUGAUAUAUCUUGUCACGUGACUGAGAAUGUCAUAUGACGGACAAACCAUACCAAUUGCUCAGGUUGAAAACAAAAUUAAAAUAAAAGGACCAAUCGUUUCCAUGACGAUUAUACCGGUGCACUGUUGAGUAAAAAAGGAAUAAAAAAAAGACAUAAACAUUAAAUGGAAAUUACAUGUGCAAACUGACACUUGUAUGUAGACAAACAUGUACUUGAUAAUGUAUAAUGUGUAUGUUGCUGAAUACUAGUAAAAUGUGAUAUAUCUGAA